AUGGCGGACACACUGCACAACGCACCCAUAGUGCUAGAUAAUGGUUCCGGUACGAUUCGCGCUGGGUUUGCUGGUGACGAUCUACCAAAAUGUUAUUUUCCUUCAUUCGUAGGCAGGCCGAAGCAUCUGCGGGUCUUGGCAGGUGCUUUGGAAGGAGAUGUGUUUAUUGGACAGCGUGCGCAAGAAUUAAGAGGACUGCUGAAGAUUAAAUACCCGCUGGAACAUGGCAUAGUGACGGAUUGGGAUGAUAUGGAGAGGAUAUGGGAAUAUGUAUAUGGAGAAGGACUCAAGACUUUGAGCGAAGAGCAUCCUGUUCUGUUGACAGAACCACCUCUCAAUCCUCGAAGUAAUCGAGAUACUGCCGCACAAAUCUUAUUCGAAACCUUUAACGUCCCCGCACUAUACACAUCAAUCCAAGCUGUUCUUUCGCUAUACGCAUCAGGGCGAACGACUGGAAUAGUGCUUGAUGCCGGCGAUGGAGUCUCACAUGCAGUCCCGGUAUACGAAGGUUUCGCCAUGCCAAGCUCAAUAAGAAGGAUAGAUGUUGCUGGACGAGAUGUUACAGAAUAUAUGCAAACCUUAUUACGGAAAGCUGGAUAUGUUUUCCAUACUAGCGCAGAGAAGGAGGUCGUGAGGAUGAUCAAGGAGAAAGUAAGCUAUGUCGCAGGAGAUCCAAAACGAGAAGAAAAGGAAUGGUCUGGUGCAAAGUUAGGGGAUGGGAAGGUUGUCGAAUAUGCAUUACCAGAUGGCAAUAAGAUUAAAAUUGGAGCAGAAAGAUUCAGGGCACCUGAGAUUCUAUUCGAUCCGGAGAUUAUUGGGUUGGAAUACCCGGGCAUCCAUCAAAUUGUGGUGGACGCAAUCAAUCGCACAGAUCUGGACCUGAGAAAGUCCCUAUUCGGCAAUAUCGUUUUAUCUGGUGGAAGUACUUUAACCAAGGGAUUCGGAGACAGAUUAUUACACGAAGUGCAGAGAUUGGCAGUGAAGGAUAUGAGAAUCAAGAUCUUUGCUCCACCAGAGAGGAAAUACUCAACCUGGAUCGGUGGUAGUAUACUGGCUGGACUGAGCACAUUUAGAAAGAUGUGGGUAAGUAUUGACGACUGGCACGAGAAUCCCGAUAUCAUUCACACGAAAUUUACAUGA